GCUCCCCAGAUUCAUUCUACAAACAACUCGCUGUCCGUUACUACUGCUGCUGCCGCCGCCACAGCCGCCGCCGCUGCUGCUGCUACUAUAAAUACUUUCAGAAUAGGGGUGGAGAGUGAUAAAUUACAACUAUUCAUUGAAUAUGGUGCAGAAAUAAAUGCUAAACAUUAAUGGACAAACUGCAUUUUUGCUUCCGUAAAGUGGGAAACAACAAUUCGUAGUCAAAGGUGAAAUGGCUGCAUUGCGUCCUCAAGGUUUGAUUAAUUCUGUUGAGUAUGUUGCUGAUGCAGGAACUGCAGAUAGAGAUGAGACGAUUGCAUUGAUAUCAGCAAUUGAACGAGAUUCAAGUGAGUGUGUGGAAAAGUUGAUGGCUGGCGAAGCUGAUGUAAAUAUUGCAGACAGAGAUCGAAAUACUGCAUUGAUAUUAGCAAUUGAGCGAGAUUCAAGUGAGUGUGUGGAAAUGUUGAUUGCCAAUGGGGCAGAUGUAAAUGCAGUUGACAAAGAUGGAAAUACUGCAUUAAUGAAAGCAAUUUCAUCAAAUUCCACCAAAUGUGUGAAAAUGUUGAUUACUGGUGGGGCAGAUAUGAAUUGUGUAGAUUAUUAUGGACGGACUGCAUUAAUGUAUGCGAUUGGAACGAACUAUUCUGAAUUUGUGGAAAUAUUAAUUGCUAGUGGGGCUGAUGUGAAUAUUGCAGACAAAGAUGGAGAAUCUGGAUUAAUGAAAGCAAUUACGUCGAAUUCCCUUAAAUCUAUGGAAAUGUUGAUUACUGGCGGGGCAGAUAUGAAUCAUGUAGAUAUAUAUGGAUGGACUGCAUUAAUGUAUGCGAUUGGAAAGUCUGCAUGUGUGGAGAAGAUAAUUGCCAGCGGGGCUGAUGUGAAUAUUGCAGACAAAGUUGGAAAUACUGCAUUAAUAUAUGCUGUUAAAAGAAAGAAAUCUGCAUGUGUGGAAAAGUUAAUUGCAAGUGGAGCUGAUUUAAACAUUGAAGACAAAGAUGGAAAUACUGCAUUGAUAUUUGCAAUUAAGCGAGAUUCAAAUGAGUGUGUGGAAAUGUUGAUUGCUGGCGGGGCUGAUGUAAAUAUAGCAGACAAAGAUGGAAAGACUGCAUUGAUAUUUGCAACUAAGCGAGAUUCAAGUGAGUGUGUGGAAAUAUUGAUUGCUGGCGGAGCUGAUGUAAAUAUAGCAGACAAAGAUGGGAAGACUGCAUUGAUAUUUGCAAUUAAGCGAGAUUCAAGUGAAUGUGCGGAAAUGUUGAUUGCUGGCGGAGCUGAUGUAGAUAUUGAGGACAAAGAUUGGAAGACUGCAUUGAUAUUUGCAAUUGAGCGAGAUUCAAGUGAGUGUGUGGAAAUGUUGAUUGCCAAUGGGGCAGAUGUAAAUGCAGCUGACAAAGAUGGGAAGACUGCAUUACUAUUUGCAAUUCAGAAUGAUUCAAGUAAGUGUAUGGAAAUGUUGAUUGCUGGCGGAGCUGCUGUAAAUAUUGAAGACAGAGAUGGGAAGACUGCAUUGAUAUUAGCAAUUGAGCGGGAUUCAACUGAGUGUGUGGAAAUGUUGAUGGCUGGCAGAGCUGCUGUAAAUAUUAAAGACAUAGAUGGGAAGACUGCAUUGAUAUAUGCAAUUGAGCGAGAUUCAACUGAGUGUGUGGAAAUGUUGAUGGCUUUCGGAGCUGCUGUAAAUAUUAAAGACAUAGAUGGGAAGACUGCAUUGAUAUUAGCAAUUGAGCGAGAUUCAAGUGAGUGUGUGAAAAUGUUGAUGGCUGGCGGAGCUGCUGUAAAUAUUAAAGACAUAGAUCGAAAUACUGCAUUGAUAUUAGCAAUUGAGCGAGAUUCAAGUGAGUGUGUGAAAAUGUUGAUUGCAAGUGGAGCUGAUGUAAAUAUUGCGGACAAAGAUGGAAAUACUGCAUUGAUAUUUGCAAUUAAGCGAGAUUCAAAUGAGUGUGCGGAAAUGUUGAUUGGAAAUGGGGCAGAUGUAAAUGCAGCUGACAAAGAGGAAAAAACUGCGUUAAUACAUGCCGUUAAAAGGAAGAAAACAGGACUAUUGAAGAAGUUACUUGCCAAUGGAGCAAAUGUAAAUAUUGCAGACAAAGAUGGAAAGACUGCGUUAAUACAUGGAGUAUAUUUGGAGCCUACUGAAUGUUUCGACAAGUUGAUUGCCAGUGGAGCAGAUGUAAAUACAGCAGACAAAUAUGGAGAAAGUGCAUUAAAGUAUGCACUUGGAGAGAAAUCCGCUGAAUGUGUGGAAUUAUUGAUUGCCUGUGGGGCAGAUGUAAAUACUGCGGACAAUAAUGGUAGGAAUGUGUUGAUAUAUGCAGCUGUGUGGAACAAAUCUGCAUGUGUGAAGACGUUAAUUGCUAGUGGAGCUGAUGUAAAUAUUGCAGACAAAUAUGGGAAGACUGCAUUGAUGUUUGCAAUUGAGCAUAACUCAAUUGAAUGUGUGGAAAUUUUGAUUGCCAGUGAGGCAGACGUAAAUACAGUAGACAAAGAUGGGGAAACUACAUUAAUGAAAGCAAUUUUGUCGAAUUCCAUUAAAUGUGUGAAAAUGUUAAUUGCUGGUGGAGCAGAUGUGAAUAAUGUAGAUCAAAAUGGAUUGACUGCAUUAAUGUAUGCAACCCAAAGAGAUUGGUUAUCUGCUAAGUUUGUGGAAUUGAUGAUAGCUUGUGUAGCUGAUGUAAAUAUAGCAGACAAACAUGGAAAGACUGCAUUGAUGUUUGCAAGUGAGCAUGAAUCAAGUGAAUAUGUGGAAAUGUUGAUUGCCAAUGGGGCAGAUGUAAAUGCAGCUGACAAAGAUGGGAAGACUGCAUUAUUAUUUGCAAUUGAAAAUGAUUCAAGUGAGUGUGUGGAAAUGUUGAUUGCAUGUGGAACAGAUGUAAAUAUUGCAAACAAAGAUGGAAUGACUGCGUUAAUAUAUGCAAUUCGUAGAUGUAGAGGAUAUAAGAAAUCCAAUAAGUGUGUGGAAAUGUUGAUUACAAGUGGAACAGAUGUAAAUAUUGCAGACAACGAGGGAAGGACUGCGUUAAUAUAUGCACUUGGCUUUCAUUCAACUGAUUGUAUGGAAAAGUUGAUUGACAGUGGCGCAGAUGUAAAUAUUAAAGACAAGGAAGGAAUGACUGCAUUGAUGUACGCAACUGCGCAUUUUUCAAGUGAGUUUUUGAAAAUGUUGAUCGCGAAUGGAGCAGAUGUAAAUAUUGCAGACAAAGAUGGAAAUACUGCGUUAAUCUAUGCAGUUUUAUUUCAUUCAAGUGAGCUUGUGGCCGAAAUGAUGAUUGCACUUGGGGUAGAUGUAAAUAUUGCAAACAAAGAUGUGAAGACUUCAUUAAUGUAUGCACUUGAUAGGGAAUCCACCAAGUAUGUGGAAAUGAUGAUUGCCAGUGGAGCUGAUGUAAAUAUUGCAAGCAAAGAUGGAAAGACUGCAUUACUAAUUGCAAUUGAGAAUGAUUCAAGUGAGUGUGUGGAAAUGUUGAUGGCUGGCGGAGCUGAUGUAAAUACUGCAGACAAUAAUGGGAAGACUGCAUUGAUGUUUUCAAUUGAGCUAAAUUCAUAUGAGUGCCUGGAAAUGUUGAUUGCUGUUGGGGCAGAUGUGAAUAAUGUAGAUCAAAAUGGAAGGACUGCUUUACUGUAUGCAACUGAUAAAGAUUUGAUAUCUGCUCACUGUGUAGAAAUGUUGAUUGCUAGUGGCGCAGGUGUAAAUACUGCAGACAAAGAUGGGAAGACUGCAUUGAUGUUUGCAACAGAAAAUGAUUCAAUUCAGUGUGUGAAAAUUUUGACUGCCAGUUUGGCAGAUGUUGAUAGUGCAGAUAAAUAUGGAUGGACUGCAUUGAUAUAUGCAAUUUGGAUGGAAUUUACUGAGUGUGUUGGAAUACUGAUUGGCAAUGGGGCAGAUGUAAAUACAGCAGUCGAAAGUGGGAAGACUGCAUUAAUGUUUGCUAUUGAGUUUGGUUCAAGUGAUUGUAUGGAAAUGUUGAUUGCCUUUGGGGCAGAUGUUAAUAUGACAAACCUGCGUUUGGUUUAUUCUAGGUGUCAAAAUUCAAUGAUACUAUUUUUAAUUGCUAUUUCAUUCGGUAUAGAAGACCCUGGCCACCAGUGUCUAAAUGCAAUGUAUGAAGCAUAUGGUUUUCCCGCUCAGACACAAUUGAGAUUGAUCAACAUUAUUCAAAGAAGGAAACUGAGUCUGAAAUGUCAAGCUAGAAUGUGUAUGUUUAAAACAAUGGGAAUGGAUUGUGAUAAAUACGUCAAGACCAUUGACAGUUUGAUAUUAAGAGGAAACUUGCCUCCAAGGUUGAAAGAUUUUAUGAUGUUUAACAAUGAAGUGUCUGAGAUGUUUUUAACCCUUAAAUUGUUACUUGUUGUUUUCACCCUCUAA